CGGUGGUGGUGGUGCUGGGAUCCCUCCCACCAACACAAGUUUGCCCGUCGCAUCGACUGGGACGAAACGCAACUGCCGCCACCGCCGCGUUCCUUCGCCAUUCGAUCGAGACGUUCAAAGCGGCAAGUCGAAUCCUUCUUCCCAGCCGAAGAGUAGCAGUUGAACAUGGUCACGGAGAUGACGCUGGCCGACUUGAUUGCUCGCGACGGUCGAGUGUCCAGCUCUGGAUCGGACAGCAGCAGUCUCUUGAGCGGAAGUGGCAGCAGCAGUAGCAGUAGCAGCAGCAGUGGCUCCAGUUCAUCGUCGGACUCGAACGAUGACUCGGACAAUGGAAAACCUCCACGACGACAUCACCAUCAUCGCUCGGCCCCUCCGCCGCCGCCUCCACCAGCCGAGCCUCCCGUCGCUGCGCCUCCGUCGUCUAAAACGGUCAAAUCCAAACGUGCCCCGUACAAAAAGACACAAGCAGCAAUCGCUUUAAAAUCACCAUCCUCCAGAACCGCGUUCGCAAAGAAAACCGAGUCAGCGUCCAAGCGACGUCCACCGGCCAAGGGCAAGAAGAUGACGCCAAACGCAGCGACAGCGCCGAGGAAAUCAAAGCAGGGCGCUGCACUGGUCAGUACAGAUAGCGUCGAGAGGUUGGUUCCAUCGCCUGGUAUCCACCAGCGCGUGCCUGUUUUGAAAAGUGCAUCCAAUGCCACGAUUCAUUUGAUGAAAGGGGAAGAUCCUGGCGUGAGUGUCACCCACGUCCCUCCCGAGGAAUGCCGGGGCAAGAUCGAGCUCGGUCUCGUUGACCCGUCCAUGGUCGCGAACGUGACCAUCACGGAGGUGAAAGAAGACGACCUCGACGCGGCGCUGUUCAACGUCCAUGACGACAAAGGCGAUGUGUUGCGCAACUUGGACAUGUUUUACUUUUGCGACGAAGCAGGGACCCCAAUCAGUUUGGACAUUUUUGAGCUGCCGCGCGAACAGCGGCCCGUGAUCAUGGGCUUUGGCACGGUGAUUCAGCCGCUUCCGGUGUCCGAGUUGCCACCGCCGAUUCGAUUCUACAUGCCAGACAUCGUGCCAACGUCAAGAAAGCGAAAAAAGGCGAGGAAACCCGCAACGUCGUCGGCAAAGCGACGGAAACCGACAGCCAUCGCGGCGGCCAACGACUCGAGCGAAGACGAUGGCUCGUCCUCUGACGAUGGCAAAGAUGCGACCACGCCCCGCAGCGACGACGACGGCAGCAAGUGCUUGGACCAGUUUGACGGUGCAAGCUGUGGAGUCGUUGCUGCCGCGAAAACGCCCGCCUUCUCGGCGAAGUUUACAUCGUUUCAGUACCCGUACGGCGCGACACGGACACACAAGUUGGGGCAGGUGGACGGUGCUGUGUUUGGAAACGUGAGUACCAGUAGCAGCAGCACCGAGAGCGACGACAGCGACAGCGACAGCAGCAGUAGCGGUGACAGUAGCAGCCACCACAUGCCUGGGAUUCAACCGAGACAGGACGUGUCGAUGAAUGGCCACCAUGACGACUCGAGCAGCGACUCGAAGCCAAUUCGAGCGACCAAAUGUCCCAUUUCGACGUCUGCGAUUCCCGCGCAGCCGCCGACGCCAUCGUCGUCGUCGUACUGCAAAGUCCACAAUAUGACGCCCAAAGUUGCUGGAGCCGACUUGGACGACUUGAUGCGCGCCGAUGGAGUCCACUCGGUAUCGGUGCAAGGCAAAGCGGAGGAGCUCGACUUGCUCGAGUGCGGGUUUCGAUACCCCGCGACGUGUGCUCGACAGCGCGUGUGGCUGCCAGAGAUUUCAGACUGGUGUUUGGAUUACACGGACGGCGAUCCGACGCUGUGGGUCAUCACGGCCCGUGCGUGGUACAAGAUUGCCGGGCCGAUCUCGGGCGUGCUGCCGCACUGGUCGUACCGGAGCCAUUUCACCAAGCCGCGGCUGCUCUUUGAAGCGUGCUUUCACAUUGCAUCGGUGCUGCGCGAGUGGCUGCCAAAAAACCCAGGGCUGUCGUACCGGGCGACGCUGCAGCAAGUGGUCGAGCAGUCGAUUUUGGGCCGGUAUCCGUUGACAACCAAGUUUUUGAUUGAGAACUUCAAGUUUGUCGCGUCGCAAAUGGGCAGUUUGGGCGACGAAUACGGCGGCAAUUGGCUCAACUCGGCCUUUUUCAAACAACUCCAACGCAUGCACGACAGCUACAUUGUCCGCACGGCCAAAGCGGAAAAGGCCAAAGCCGAGAGCGAGGCGAAGAGGCUGCAACGCGAGAAGGAAGUGCUCGAUCGACGACAAAAGGUCGAAGACGAACGGCUCAAGAAGGACGAAGUGCGCAAGCAAAAGGAAAGCGAGCGCCUCGAAAAGAAAAAGUACCCCAUGGAAGAUAUGGAAGUCUUGCUCGAGCUGCCCGAGACCGAGCGCGACAAACGGCCGCCGUACCCAGCUACGCCAUUUCCGCAAGUGGAUAUCCCGGGCAACUUGCUGGGCGAGUUGCUCAUGGCCUAUCAAACGCUCGUGUCGUACAAGCCAUUCAUUCGAGAAUGCCCGACACUCGAGUUUGCGCAGCUUCUCGUGGGGAUUUGCAGCGACGCGUCGGCCUCAGCGUUGGGAGAAGUGUUUGUGGCGGUACUGCGCACGAUCUUAGAGUCGAACGGUCCUCAAGUGCCCAGCGCCGCAGGGGACGUGUAUGGAGUUCAGGAGCAGCUGCACCAAGACAAGUUGUCCAUCUUUACAUGGCCCGAGGUGCUCCGCGCACUAAUUCGUCCCGAAGACAAGUACAUUGGGCCUGUCGACCCCUUGGUCGGAUGCGAGGCGGCCCUUCGCCUUCUCGCGAGCCAGCCGAACGCAGCCGCGUUCCUGGAACCGGUCGAUGUCGAGGGUCUCGGUUUAACCGACUACCUCGACAUUGUUUCGACGCCGAUGGACUUGGGCACUGUCAAGGCUCGCCUGCAGUCGGGGGCGUACGAACGCGACCCUCUAUCUUUCCACCACGACGUCAAGUUGAUCUGGGCCAACGCGAUUCGAUACAACGGCGAGCACACAGACAUCGGGAAGACGGCGGUGGCGCUGUCGGACCUCUUUGAAGCAGAGUACGCGCGGCUCGCCGUCGAUCAACACGACCGACUGCACCGGCGAAACCAAGCGGUCGUGGACGACUUGGCGGCGGUCGAGCUGCACGAAGCAUUGCGUGUGGGGGAGUUUUCUCAACUGCCGCUGGUUCAUCGCGUGGGGGCGUUGAAGUGGGCAACCGAAGCGCUCGUCGAUAUCCCGGCCAUUCGGGCGGCGAUUGAACGCAACGUCGAGCUCGAAUUUGAUAUCCUGCGCGACUACCGCAAAGUCGAACGGGAUGUGGAAGCGGUGCGGCGGCACGCGGACAAGAACCGGCGCGAGCGAGAAGAUGAAUUUCGCCAAAUGUGUAUCAACCAAGGCAUUCCGACCAACUACAACAAUGUGUUUUCAGACGCCACCAAGAAAAAGCACGAGUUCAUUGCGGAAUUUUACACAAACAUUGCCAACGAGCGUGUGGCGGAGGAGUCAGCGUUUGCCCUCGAACGAAAAGCCAAAGAACAGCAAUUGAUGGAGCGGCUCAAGGCGCUGUCGGUGCGGUUCGAACCGCUCGGGAGCGAUCGCUUCCACGGCCGGUACUGGCUGUUCGACCCGGGGUGGCUCUUUUACGAAUGGGAAGGGUCGUUUUCGGUUUACACGAACGAAGGCGACGUCAAGGCGCUGCUGCAAUGGCUCAACGUCAAGGGCGUGCGCGAGUCUCUGCUGCACAGUCGACUCGAGUCGGCGUACGACACGAUCGUGUCCGGCAUGGACAAAUUUCUCGAGAUUGCGCGGGACGAGAUGGUGCCGUCCAAACCGGCCAAUGUCGUGGGGCUUCCCACCGAUACACUGGAUGCGUUCAACGUCUCGGUCACGUCGAGUGCAUGUGACGCAUACAUCCACGCCGUGCGCACGCUCGUGGGGUAUGUAUCCGAAAACGGGUGCGCCAAGCAAUCGUUUGGUCGCCAGAGCGAGUGGCUGGAAUCGCUUGAAUCCGUCGACAGAGUCCCGACCGCGUGUUAUCCAUUCGUGCUCGAGUUGGAACAGUAUUUAUUCACCAGCCUGAACGACGACCUGGUCCAGGACGUGUGGAAGCGCAAACGCCACGACUGGCGAAGCGCAGUGGAGGCAAGUCGAACGUUUCCACAGCUGCUCGUGUUGGUCAUGGCUUUGCUGGACAAGUGUUUUAUCGUCGACGCAUUUAUCGAUUACGUUGUCCAGCUCGAUCGCAAGGAGUGGCUCAAGCUGCGACCGAAACCCUCGCGCAACUUUUGUCCUGAAGUCGACCAGCAGGUUGUGUACUUUGGCGAUGGCCACGACCAGGCCGUGAAGGCCGAUCGAAAAAACAAAAAACCCGUCAAGUGCGAUGCGCCGCUGGUCGGGACGACACUGAUCUGUCGUGUGACGCACAUUUCGUACCACCACGGCAGCGGUGACCCGUACGCGAUGCUGACACUCCGGCCCGAGUCGGACGCAGCGCUGGCGCGGGCACCAGGCAGCUACUUGUGCACGUCGCCGUCGGCCGUGCAAAAACUUGGGCGCAUUCUUGCGCGCAUCGUGAGCAAAUUGCGCGCAGAGCCCGACGCUGGUCCGUUUCUCGACCCUGUGUCGAAAGCCGACUUUCCAACGUACACGGACAUUAUCGUGCAUCCGAUGGACCUGUCCAAAAUCUCGCAAAACGUCCACGACGGCAAGUACAAGACCGUCGACGAGUUUGUCGGCGACGUCAAGCUCAUGGCGGACAACUGCCAGCUCUUUUGCGAAGGAAGGUUUCCGACGCUGCCACCCAUGGCCCGCCAUCUCGUGACGCUUUGCCAGAACUUGGUCAAGAAGCACGCGUCCGAGCUCAAGGCCGCGGCUGGCGACAUUGCGCGAGAACAGCGCAAGGACGUUGCCACGACGAUGGUGCGCACGAACAACAACGACAAACUCCCGACCCGACUUGUCUUUAUCAUUCGGCUGGAGAACCGACUGCCCGAGUAUAUCAUCGACUCGAAGCGAUAUGAAUCGGCCAUUCGGCGGGCAUGGAAGUCGGGCGACCGCGUUCGGAUCUUGUAUCGGGACCCAAAGGGAAACCCAACCGAGUACUACACGGGCGUAGCAGCGGGGUCGUUGCCGUUUGACCAGCACGGCCUUCUUCCGUGGGAAGCUCUCCGCAUCACGUGGGACGAAGACGACGGGACUGACGACAACCGCGUGAAUCCAUGGGAAGCGGAAGUGUCGUCGAAGAAGUAGUCCCGGUCGACGGCGUGUUGGAUGACGCUGCGUGUGGUGAAAGCAGGUGCUUCAUGCGCUGGACUGCCGCCAAUCGACGACGCCACCACGAGAGAAGCGGGUGCGCAAGCAACCAACGUUUGCCACAUGACGAAAAUGAAAGAUUCAUGUCGUGCUUUGCUCGUGGCGCAAUGCGGCUAUCAAGUACGGCAUGACUGGGG